CUGGCGAUAGUGGGGCGGGUGAAGCAGCGUUCAGGGAGGCUGCAGUGCUCUGUAGACACUCCAGAGUUUGGCAGCGGUGCGAGAAGUCUGCUUAAUAACCAAUUCUAAGGCUACCAAGAAGAUGAUACGUCGGAGUGCGGUGUUGCUGUUGCUGCUGCUGAUGCAGUUACAGAGUUACGACGCUAGCGAUCUGAACUCGAUCCUUCCUAUAGCCCAACAACUGGGCAACUUUUGGCAAUCCAAUGAGCUGCAGUUCUUGGGCUUCCAGUGCUACUACCAUCAACAUCUGCGCUUCAGACGCUGGCGGUUUCGUUUUCACGGCAGCUUCUCAUGCCCUGGAUGGACUAACAUCCACGGCGAAUAUGACACGGUAAGCCGCAACGGCGUUCAACGGAAAACCAUAGAAGACUUUCUCAAGAAAGCAACUGCAGCAAACCUGGUCACUGAGGACGAGGCGCGGGCUUGGCUACAAGGAUUUUAAAUUCUGAAAAAUAUUGAUGACUUCUUGGUCGAUCGAAAAAUUUUUUAUCAUAACUUGGUGCCUGUUCUUCGCCCAAAAAUUCGAGAAAUUGCUACUUUUUUUAGGAAAAAUUCUAAGCCUAUAAAACACCGUCUGGCAUAAUUAAAAUUUGUAUAUAUGAUCUAAUAUAUUUUCCCAACCUCAAAACUCAAGAUCAGGUACACCACUGAUAACCAAACCAUUAUUUUUCGAUUUCCACAGUUGGAUUCCAGCGUAAUAGCCAUCUUAAAAGCACUCACCAAAUACAAUCAACUAAUAAUGAACACAUGUCAUGAAUAAGAAGUG